AUGCCCCCUCGUAUUCGGAGUUGCUUGAUUCAGGAUAAGGCUGCAGGUUGCAGUGUUUCAACCCAUCUCUGGUAUGAUUGUUGUAACCUCCCCGUUAAUACAUUAUCGAGAACCAGGUCUUAUACUGCUUACAACUUGACCGACUUGAAUGGCGUCAAGGUUGAUACAAUGUCCAGGCGUCUACAACGAACAUCAGAGCCAUCAUUGCUACGCCUGGAGGAACCUUCAGCAACGACGACGACGACAACAGCCGAGUGCAUAGCAACAACAACAGCAACAGCAACCGAAAGCAGGACAAGUGAUAACGAGACCAAAAGUCAAGAGGGGUUAGAGGAAUUCAUAUCGAUGCUUGCUGGCAAUGGCACAAGGAAGGAUCCAAAUGAUACCAUUAAUGAAGCUACAGCCAACAUUGAUCAUUUGCUUGCCAUCAUGAAGAGUCGUCAAAUGGGUCGUGGCAUGCUUCACCAUAUACCACCCGAGGAAUAUCAUCCAUCCAACAACAAUACCGUUUUCAAUUUCAUGUUUGAAUCCAACAAGUCCACCACCAAUACCGAUGACAAUGCAGAUAGCAAACCAAGUGCACUAUCACCUUCAGACUUUCGAUUUUCAUUCACAUCCAAAGAGUCUUUAGCGACAUCGAGCCCUCGCAGCAGCAACAUCAAUAUUCGUCGAUACAGAGGAGGAGGAGGGAAGAUUACGACACCCAAUGUCUUUUAUUCUACAGCAUACGAUGAUGAUUGUGAUGAUGAGGAGGAGGAGGACGAUGAUGAUGGACAAAACGAAUAUGAGAGUGAUGAUGAUGGACAUACAAGUGCUCAGCAUAGUCGACAUUCCGGCAGCAUGAUUCCUACCCAUUCGGAUAUUUCAAAGUUACCCCAGCAUUUGCAACAUCGAAAGAUCCUUCCUCUCCCAAAACCUCGAUGGAAACGCAAAGGAUUACAGAAACCCACCACCUCCAAUGAUAAAGAUCAACAGCCAUCAGCAAACAAUCAUACCACAUCAUCAUCAUCAUCACCACCAUUAACACCUUACAUUUGGCAAUUCUCACCACCUGCUCGCGAGAUACAACAAAGAUAUUCAGAACACGAAGAUUGGGGAAUGAGCAGGCUAUCUUUGGCAGAUGAUCCAAAUUGUCUUUUUCAAGAAGUCUUUACGGGUGACGAUUCCAGCUACCGAGACAACGCCAAAAAGAUGAAACGAAGUACGGGCAGCGAAUUAGCAUCAUUACCAUCAGCAGAAUAUGAUGAAAGAAAGUCGACUCUCAGGAGAAAGGAUCGCAAAUGGAGGAAUAGCAACAACAACCACAGCAACAGUAGUAACAAUAGCAACAACGUAGCAACGGAUGGUUCACGGACAACACCUGGCAUUCAAUUACCAGAAUCAGCAUUUGACUUUGCCAUGGAUAAAAGAACACGUGAUCAGCUGAAAGGAUUACCCACGUUGGAUGAUUUACCUCGACCAAAAUCAGUAUCUUUGGGAUUAUCGAAUGUACUACGGCAAGCAAUGACGCCUGUUGCCCCCUAUGUUUCUCCACCAUCACCACCACCUCCUCCUCCAGCACCUCCAUCAUCGUCGACAACAAGAAAAUCAACCAUUGCAUCUCCUCCACCACCUCCACCACCUGCUACACCACAUUCAUCAUCGUCAUUAACACAAUCCAAACCUGCUGUCACAACACGAACAAAGCGAAAUGAAUCUAUACCUACUGCUACUACCAAGAAAAAAGGAAAAGCAAAUGACCAUUCCAAUGAACCAAGCAAGACCAUCGUAGAUAAACCGGUGACAGUGUCAUCAGCAAAUACCAAACGUGGGAAAAAGGGAUCCAGGAAGAAAAAGACCAAUGACGACGAUUCCCAUAACAAGAGUAACCAAGCACUUGUAUCUGAUAUUGCAUUGAUACGAAAUCCUGAUCCCGAUGAAUGGAUAUGUGUCUUUUGCCAAUAUGAGAUCUUGUGUCGUGGAUUGGAGGCGGCUCGUCGUAAAGGUGGUUAUUAUCGUCGACGGCGUGAAAGGCGACGGCGAUUGAGAGAAGUGGAAGCACGUCGUGCUGGUGAAUGCAUCUCUGGAGCAACAAGUGACUUUGAAGACGAUCCACCUGUGAUUGAUGAUUUGACACAUGGCCCUUCUCUACCACCACCUCCUCCACCCCCUCCAUUACCACCCACCACCACACCCACAACAACAACAGCAGAUGCGAUAUCAACCCCUUACAGUACUAUUACUACUACCACUACCAUCAUGGAUCAUCGUCAUCACCAUCAACGCAAAGGAAAAGGCAAUCGUGUUGCAUAG